AUGUCCAAUAUAAACGCUGCUCGUUCCAUCAUGUCGGCUAUUGCCUGCAAAUAUCUUCGUCCGCGGAAGUUCGCACCUCUCGGUUUGACUAGCACGUCGACUGCCCCUCUCUUGAAGGGAAUUGUGUUUGAUGUGGAUGGUACAUUGUGUUUGCCACAGCAUCACAUGUUCAGCGAAAUGAGAGAAGCACUAGGAAUCGAUCGCUCCAUCGACAUCCUGCACCACAUCCGCGGACUCCCCACUGAAGAACAUGCCACGGCCGUAUCCAAAGUGCAAGCCAUAGAACGCCGAGCGAUGGCCGACCAGCAGCCACAGCCCGGCCUGGUCCGCCUAAUGGACUAUCUCAAAUCCCGCGGCUUACGACGGGCGCUCUGCACACGGAACUUCGAAGCACCAGUCCAGAACCUGAUCGACAACUAUCUCGAUGGCCAUAUCUUCCUGCCAAUCGUCACGCGGGACACGCCCAAUCUCCUGCCCAAGCCUGAUCCCGCGGGCAUCCUGCAUAUCGCGAGUGAAUGGGGUCUUGCUAAUGGUGAGAAUCUGAUCAUGGUUGGUGAUAGCAUUGACGAUAUGACGGCUGGACAUAUGGCUGGCGCUGCGACGGUGUUGCUUUUGAAUGAGCGGAAUGUGCAUUUGCAGGAACAUCCGCAUACGGAUCUUUGCAUCAAGCGGCUGGAUGAUUUGAUCGGUAUUCUGGAGGAGGGGUUUGUCGGGACAAGAGAGAAUGAUGAACAUGGCGCAUGA